AUGGUUUUGCUCCUGCUGCUGCUGCUGCUGCUGCUGUUCCUGUCUGGUGUAGCAGCGCCGCUGCCGGGUCCAGUUUCCAAGCGAUGCAGUCCAGCGGACCCCGCGGAUGCCGCCAAGGAAAAUCCGCAGUUGGCUGUUUACGUUAGCAAACUCGAGGAGCUUACCACACGCGAGAGUGGCCAACUCAAGCUUUACCAAAAGGUAUACGGCAAGGCCGCUCACGUGGCUGCUGUGGUUACAAAGGAUGUCAUGUCGCGAGCCGCGGGGAUGCAAGGUUAG